AGAUCCUGCGCCUCAAGCUCUUGUUUUGCCAUAAUUCUGCGUUUUCUGUUUUCACGUUGGGCUCAACUCUGUUUUAGAUAAGGUAGAUCCGAACUGAGAACCAUUUCAAGAUCGUACGGUAGCUGUUGAAAAAUGGCAUCAACAGCGACUGUGGCCACUGGAUGGUACAGGGGAAAGGUGAAGGCUGUUCCUUCAGGGGAUUGCUUGGUCAUUGUUGCCAUGGCUAGCACCAAGCCUGGUCCUCUGCCUGAGAAAACCAUCACUUUAUCUUCUUUAAUGGCUCCUAGACAGGCACGUAGAGGCGGUGUGGACGAGCCAUUUGCAUGGGACAGUAGAGAGUUCCUGAGGAAGCUCUGCAUAGGGAAGGAGGUGACCUUCAAAGUUGAUUACAAUGUGCCAUCCAUAAAUAGAGACUUUGGAACCGUUUUUCUCGGUGACAAAAAUGUUGCAAUGCUGGUUGUUUCUCAGGGAUGGGCUAAGAUCAGAGAGCAGGGGCAACAGAAAGGAGAAGUGAGUCCAUACCUGGCAGAAUUGUUACGGUUAGAAGAACAAGCUAAACAAGAAGGCCUUGGUCGUUGGAGCAAGGUUCCUGGUGCUGCUGAGGCAUCCAUCAGAAAUCUACCACCUUCUGCCAUUGGUGACCCUAGUAACUUGGAUGCUAUGGGUUUGUUAGCUGCAAACAAGGGAUUACCCAUGGAGGCAAUUGUUGAGCAGGUUCGUGAUGGAAGUACCAUCCGUAUCUAUUUGCUCCCGGAGUUUCAGUUUGUCCAAGUUUUCGUUGCUGGAAUUCAGGCCCCACAAAUGGGAAGGAGAGCUGCAUCUGAAAGUGUUGUUGAAUCAGAGGUGACUGCUGAUGAUACUAAUGGAGAAGUUACUGGGGAACCUCGAGCCCCACUUACAUCUGCCCAAAAACUUGCAGCUUCAGCAUCUGUGGAAACUGCAACUGAUCCUUUUGCAACUGAAGCUAAAUUUUUCACUGAGAUGCGUGUAUUGAAUCGAGAUGUUCGCAUUGUCCUGGAAGGUGUUGAUAAGUUCAGCAAUUUGAUUGGGUCAGUGUAUUAUCCUGAUGGUGAAUCAGCAAAGGACCUGGCAUUGGAACUCGUGGAAAAUGGUUUUGCUAAGUAUGUUGAAUGGAGUGCAAAUAUGAUGGAAGAAGAGGCAAAACGGAGACUGAAGACUGCAGAGCUCCAGGCCAAGAAAAGCAGGUUAAGGAUCUGGACAAACUAUGUACCACCACCUUCAAAUUCGAAGGCAAUUCAUGACCAGAAUUUUACUGGAAAGGUGGUUGAGGUUGUGAGUGGAGAUUGCAUUGUUGUUGCUGAUGAUUCCAUUCCAUAUGGAAGUCCACUAGCUGAGAGACGAGUUAACCUUUCUAGUAUUAGGUGUCCAAAAAUGGGCAAUCCUCGUCGAGAUGAAAAACCAGCUCCCUAUGCUCGUGAAGCAAAGGAGUUCUUGAGAACACGACUCAUUGGUCAUCAAGUGAAUGUUCAAAUGGAAUAUUCUAGAAAGGUUGCUCCCAUGGAUGGAUCCGCAGUUCCAUCAGGAGGUGCUGAUUCCAGAGUAAUGGAUUUUGGAUCAGUCUUCCUAUUGUCCACUGCGAAGGUUGACAGUGAUGAUGCCCCUUCAUCUGUUCCGCCUGUUGGAAGUCAGCAAACUGGUGUAAAUGUUGCCGAGUUGGUUGUUGGCCGUGGCUUUGGAACUGUCAUUAGACAUCGUGACUUUGAAGAGAGAUCUAACUACUAUGAUGCUCUUCUUGCUGCUGAAUCACGUGCCUCUUCGGGAAGGAAAGGAAUCCAUUCUGCCAAGGAUUCUCCAGUGAUGCAUAUAACUGACUUGACCACAGCAUCAGCCAAGAAGGCCAGAGACUUCUUGCCUUUCUUGCACCGAAGUAGAAGAAUUCCUGCUGUCGUGGAAUAUGUCUUGAGUGGCCAUCGUUUCAAAUUGUUGAUUCCAAAAGAAACUUGCAGCAUUGCUUUCUCAUUCUCUGGUGUCAGAUGUCCUGGUCGUGAUGAGCCAUAUUCUAAUGAAGCAGUUGCACUGAUGAGGCGAAAGAUAAUGCAGAGAGAUGUCGAGAUUGAGGUCGAAACUGUUGAUCGGACUGGAACAUUCUUGGGAUCCUUAUGGGAGUCAAGGACCAAUGUAGCAGUUACACUACUUGAAGCUGGUCUUGCAAAACUUCAAACUUCCUUUGGCAGCGACAGAAUUCCUGAUUUUCACCUUCUGGAACAAGCUGAACAAGCUGCUAAGAGGCAAAAGCUGAAAAUCUGGGAAAGUUUUGUUGAAGGGGAAGAAGUACCCAAUGGUGCAACUGUUGAAAACAAACAACAAGAAGUACUUAAGGUAAUUGUUACGGAAGUCUUAGGUGGUGGUAAAUUCUAUGUCCAGACAGUUGGAGAUCAAAAGAUAGCAUCCAUUCAGCAACAACUUGCUUCCUUGAACCUGAAGGAAGCUCCUGUGCUUGGUGCUUUUAAUCCUAAGAAGGGUGACGUAGUCCUUUGUUAUUUUCAUGCUGAUAAGUCUUGGUACAGGGCAAUGGUUGUCAAUACACCUCGAGGACCAGUUGAAUCUCCUAAGGACAUAUUUGAAGUAUUCUACAUUGAUUAUGGAAAUCAAGAAGAAGUACCAUACAGUCAGUUACGGCCUCUUGAUCCAUCUGUGUCUGCUGCACCUGGGCUUGCUCAAUUAUGCAGCCUUGCGUACAUUAAGAUUCCAAAUUUGGAAGAGGAUUUUGGCCACGAAGCAGCUGAGUAUUUGAGUGAACUCACCUUAAACAGUGGAAAAGAAUUUAGGGCCAAGGUUGAGGAGAGAGAUACUUCGGGAGGAAAAGUGAAGGGACAGGGAACUGGCACAAUUCUUGCUGUAACUCUUGUUGCUGUGGAUGCAGAGAUCAGUGUUAACGCAGCCAUGCUACAGGAAGGAAUUGCUAGGAUAGAAAAAAGAAAUAGGUGGGACAGAAAAGAAAGACAGCUGGCCCUUGAUAAUUUGGAGAUGUUUCAGGGAGAGGCACGGACAAGCAGGCGUGGAAUAUGGCAGUAUGGAGAUAUUCAGUCAGAUGACGAGGAUACUGCUCCUCCUCCGAGAAAGACUGGUGGCCGUAAAUGAGUGUUAAAGGAGGUAAAUUAUAUUAUAUAGACAUCUUCAGAGAAAAUGAUUGAAGUUAUAGACAUGAACAUUUUACUUUGAGUUAGAGAGAAAAAGAAGAAAAUGCCGUGCGGAUUUAUUUUAAGUUUUGUUUUGUUUUUCUUGUUUGAAUUUUUGUUGUUAGGUUGAUGGGACAAUUGUUUUCUAUAGAUGUCAUAAUAAGGUGCAUACGGCAGGGUUCUUUGUUAUCAUGAGGACAGCAGAGACGUUCUAUCAUAGUUUAAAUUUAUGCUUGUUUAUCUUUUGGUCUUUUAAGAAAUUCUUUACUCUUUUCCGUGGUUUGGUUUCGGCUUAGGGAAUUUGCUACGGAUGAUUUUCAUCGUAUAGAAACUAGGCCUCAGAGCUUGAGCUAACAUUU